CGCCACCUCAUUCAGUCGCAUGGUCGCCAAUGCAGUUGAUGACUUUUUGGAGGUCCAAUCAUCAGUGACCAGAGGGCAGAUCAACCGUGCAGUGGAAGAUACUCACAACCACGACGCCAGAGAGGAUGUUUAUACCGCGAGACACUGGAAGCCGAAGGCAGAAUUUAAAUCCCCUUUAUCGACAUUUAAGAAUUCAAAAAUAGACCUACCACAAAACCUGCAACGUAACGCCAUGCCGGGUUACACCGGGUUCAUCCCUCGAUACCACUGGACCACGGGCGCCAGUUUUGCACCAAGAGUCAAGGAGAGUAUGGAUGAAUUUGAUCGCAGCCAGAUCCAAUAUCCCAGCACCAGCUCGGGACGAAGGCUGAAACCGACUUACUGGCCGAGAGCAGGAAUCUAUAGCCCCGCUGGGCUCUUGCCGAAAUACACAGGCUUUGUACCGGGCUUCAGGGACACCUUUGGCUCAACCUUUGGAGACUCCACUAGACAGCUCUACAUCAGGCACCCUCGGCAAGGAGACCCAAGACAAGGAAAUACGAAAAAUGCUUUAAUGUUGGUGUAA